AUGGAGAACCGGAAUUCAGAAAACCUUGUUAUAGAAAAAGAAAAUAUAAAAACCUCAUCAGUUAGAACUCUUGAUAACAGCAACAAAGAGAACAUCACAACUAAGAGUAUACAAGCAGAAACUGCUAUAGAAAUUGAAGAUUCUAACUCACCAAGAACUCCAAUUGUACUUAUUACAAACAACAAUAAGUCACACCUGCAAACUAAAAAUCUUGAAGAAGGAUUUACUACA